UUUGGUUUGGUACAUACGAGGCAAAUCACUUACUCUUUUGGUAUUAAAGAAAACAAAAUCUCGCAACAAAAUCACAAAGCACAACACAAACGCAUCCACCACCUUGAGACGCAGCAAGAGAGAUUAGCGACGUGGGUAUUGGGAUCUAGAUCCGUUUCCAAGGCAUGGCGGGUCCAAGACGAGAAGUCGUAUGGAUCUUUCUGUCCGCUGUACUUCUUCUUCUCUUUGUUCGUUCUUCUCACUGCUUCUAUCUCCCCGGCGUCGCUCCUCGUGAUUUCCAGAAGGGGGAUGAGUUAAAGGUGAAAGUGAACAAACUCACAUCCACAAAAACACAGCUUCCUUAUUCCUACUAUUCCCUACCUUACUGUCGUCCUGAGCAUAUUGUUGACAGUGCUGAGAAUCUUGGGGAAGUUCUUCGUGGUGAUCGCAUUGAAAAAUCUCCUUAUGUGUUUAAAAUGAGAGAACCGCAAAUGUGCAAUGUUGUAUGUCGUGUAACACUUAAUAAGAAAACUGCAAAGGAGUUCAAAGAAAAGAUAAAUGAUGAGUACCGGGUGAACAUGAUCUUGGAUAACCUUCCUCUGGUGGUUCCUAUACGAAGACCUGAUCAGGAAAAUACCAUUGUGUAUCAACAAGGAUUCCAUGUUGGUCUCCGAGGACAAUAUGCCGGGAGUAAGGAAGAAAAGCAUUUUAUCCACAAUCACUUGACAUUCACUGUCAAAUAUCACAAAGAUGCUCAGGCAGACACUUCCAGAAUUGUAGGAUUUGAGGUAAAACCAUUCAGUGUUAAACAUGAGUAUGAAGGUGAGUGGAAUGAGAAGACUCGGUUAACAACCUGUGAUCCCCAUGCAAAAAGAGCUGUUACCAACUCUGAAUCUCCGCAAGAAGUUGAUGAUGAGAAGGAAAUUAUAUUUACAUAUGAUGUCGAGUUCCAGGAAAGUGAUGUGAAGUGGGCAUCUCGGUGGGAUACAUAUCUUCUGAUGGCUGAUGAUCAGAUUCACUGGUUCUCAAUUGUUAAUUCUUUGAUGAUUGUUAUUUUCCUCUCGGGAAUGGUUGCUAUGAUAAUGUUACGCACACUCUACCGGGAUAUCUCCAAGUACAACCAGUUGGAAACUCAGGAAGAAGCCCAGGAAGAGACAGGCUGGAAAUUGGUUCAUGGAGAUGUUUUCAGGCCUCCAUCAAACCCAGACUUACUUUGUGUAUAUGUUGGGACAGGCGUUCAGUUCUUUGGAAUGUUUCUUGUCACUAUGAUCUUUGCUGUCCUUGGGUUCCUUUCUCCUUCAAACAGAGGUGGGUUGAUGACAGUCAUGCUCCUGCUUUGGAUCUUUAUGGGUUUAUUUGCUGGAUAUGCUUCUGCUCGUCUUUAUAAGAUGUUCAAGGGAACAGAAUGGAAGAAAAUCACUUUGAAAACAGCUUUCAUGUUCCCUGCAACUUGCUUUGCCAUUUUCUUUGUCCUGAAUGCUUUAAUAUGGGGCGAGCAAUCCUCUGGUGCAGUGCCAUUUGGAACCAUGUUUGCUCUUGUAUUUUUAUGGUUCGGCAUCUCAGUCCCACUUGUCUUUGUGGGUAGUUAUGUUGGCUUUAGGAAGCCAGCAUUGGAGGAUCCUGUGAAAACUAACAAGAUCCCAAGGCAGAUCCCAGAGCAGCCCUGGUACAUGAACCCGAUCUUCUCUAUCCUCAUCGGAGGCAUUCUUCCGUUUGGAGCCAUCUUCAUUGAGCUCUUUUUCAUUCUCACCUCAAUAUGGCUGCAUCAGUUCUACUACAUAUUCGGUUUCCUCUUCAUCGUCUUUGUCAUUCUCAUUGUCACCUGUGCCGAGAUCACCAUUGUUCUCUGCUACUUCCAGCUCUGCAGUGAGGAUUACCUCUGGUGGUGGAGAUCAUACCUCACUUCUGGUUCCUCAGCAUUCUAUCUCUUCCUCUAUGCAGCUUUCUACUUCUUCACAAAGCUCGAGAUCACCAAGCCAGUUUCCGGGAUGUUGUACUUCGGUUAUAUGCUGAUCGUCUCCUACGCCUUCUUCGUGCUUACCGGUACAAUUGGUUUCUAUGCGUGCUUUUGGUUCACAAGGCUGAUCUACUCAUCAGUUAAGAUUGAUUGAUUGAUUCACCAGUUGCUGCGACUGAACAAGUAGUAGCUGGCAUAUUUUCACAAAAUGAAGCGCAAAUUAUUUCCCAGUGAAAAUCUGGGGUAACCUCAAAAUUAGUGAAUUUGGAUUCAGUUUUGAACCAUAAAACCCGAUAGAGAUUGUUAUUCUUAGUCUUCUUCUUCUUCUUGAUACAGGGUUCAUUGGCAGUUCUAGUUCUUUUUUUUUUUUUUUUUACCUUAAUUUUUUUUUUCUUCACUGUUUUGUAUGAGACUUGUUAGAGGAUUCUUAAUCGGUUUUUGUGUCAUUAAUGUUUAUUCUAUAAAGGAGAAAAAGGAAUUCUUGUAUUGAAAUUACUUUCCCUGUAUCUUUAACAAAUGUGUUCUGUAGC